AUGUCUCACGACGCAAAAUGGUCACAUCACGAGCAAGUCCUCCCCGAGGAAGUGACCUCACCAGUUACAUCCACGGCAGCCUGGGAUGACGCGGAGAAGGGCCUCUACGACAGCACGCCAACUCUGCCGGUAAUCUCGACACCGCCAUCCGUCCAUCUCGACGAGAAGAAAGCGCUCCAGUCGUGCUCGACGGCCGAUGCGACGGUAGCACCUCCGCCCGCGAAGCCGCCGGCAGCAAAUAAGCCAAAGCCAUCAAAACCCAAAGUCAGCAAAUGGAUCCUAUUCCACCUCUGGUUCAACACGUACAAGAAAUUCUUCACCUUCGUCACGCUGCUGAACUUGGUCGGCAUCAUCCUCGCUGCCCUGGGCAGGUUUCAGUAUGCCGAGAAUCACCUCGGCGCGUUGGUGCUUGGGAAUCUGCUCAUGGCGGUUUUGAUGCGGAAUGAGCUGUUUUUGAGGUUUCUGUAUCUCAUCUCCAUCUAUGGGCUUAGGAGUUGGGCUCCGUUGUGCAUCAAGCUGGCCGUGACGUCGAUCCUGCAGCAUGUCGGAGGCAUUCACUCUGGUUGUGCGCUGUCCGGCGCCGCUUGGCUUGUGUACAAGAUUGUCGACAUCAUCCGGUACCGUGCUGUCCAACACAGCUCGGUGAUUGCUACUGGUAUCAUUACCAACGUCGCUGUCAUCGUCUCGGUACUGAGCGCCUUCCCUUGGGUCCGCAACAACUACCACAACACGUUUGAGAGACACCAUCGCUUCAUUGGGUGGCUGGGGCUUGCGGCCACGUGGGUGUUUGUCGUAUUGGGCAACAGCUACGACAUCAAGCGAGGGGAAUGGAGGGCCGACGCCAACUCCUUGCUCAGCGCGCAGGAGUUGUGGUUUGCCGUGUUCAUGACCGUCUUUAUUCUCAUCCCCUGGGUCACCCUUCGAGAAGUCCCUGUGGAAGUUGAGAUUCCGUCACCUAAGGUCGCCAUCCUCAAGUUCCAGCGUGGCAUGCAGCAAGGCCUGCUUGGGCGCAUCAGCCGCACGUCCAUCAUGGAGUACCACGCCUUCGGCAUCAUCAGCGAGGGCCGCAAAUCCGGCUGCCACUACAUGAUCUGCGGCGUGCAAGGCGACUUCACCAGAAACCUGGUUGCCAACCCCCCCAAGACGGUCUGGACGAGGGAGCUCAAGUUCGCCGGCGUCGGGCACGCUUCCGCCAUGUUUAAGCGAGGAAUUCGAAUCUGCACGGGAACCGGUAUCGGGGCAGCGCUGUCGACUUGCAUCCAGAGCCCAAAUUGGUUCCUCAUCUGGAUAGGGUCCGACCAGGAAAAGACUUUCGGCCCGACCAUCACGAGCCUCAUCUACAACAACAUCCCGCCAGAACGCAUGAUUCUCUGGGACUCGAAGAAGCGGGGUGGACGGCCAGACUCGGUGAAGCUGCUGAAGGAGGUCUGGGACAGCUUCGGCGCUGAGGUCAUCUUCAUCACAUCCAACAAGCAGGGCAACGACGAGAUGAUGCAAGGCUGCCGCGCCGCCGGAUUGCAUGCCUUUGGCACUCUGUGGGACUUCUGA